GCAUUAAUAAGUUUUUUUUUUGAGGUUAGUAAACAAUUAAAAGCUUUAUAGAGGUCAAACAAGGAGCAAAUUUGGGGAUGGGGGAUAUGAGGUGCAACACAAAGGAGAGAUUUUUUUUGGAUCUUAGAUCAAGUUCAAGUUGGGUUGAUGAUAAAUCCAUCAAAGGAGGAAUCUUUGAGUCCAAUUUCCUCUCGAAGAGGCUUGGAUCCAUCUUUGUUUUUAUUUAGUAAAUCUUGAUUGAGAACCAUUGGUUCUCGGAUUUCGGCAACACACUAUUGUGAAAUAAUCGAACUCGGAAGAGAGAAAUUGGAUAAGAAAAUGGAUCACAAGCUGAAAGGAACUUCAGAAGCUUCUUCCAAACCUUCCUCAUUGAUGCCGGGCAACCACUUCAAUCCCGCGAAUCUCGCUUACGGCUUCGCGCAAUCUCCGAAAACGCAAUCUCAGGCAUUGCCUUCUUACCACCCCGAUAACAAAAUGAAAAUCACGAAUCCGCUCGAAUCGAGUCAGACCGUUAGCACCCCGAUUCUUGAUUGGGACCCACGCGGGAUGCUGAGCAACCUCUCCUUCCUCGAGCAGAAGAUCCACCAAGUGCAGGACAUCGUCCGGCAGAUCAUUAGCCAGGAGGGCCAGUUCUCGAACCGCGCUGGCGAGCUCGCAGCCCAGCAACAGCUCGUGACCGCGGACCUAACUUGCAUCAUAAUUCAAUUGAUCUCGACCGCGGGGACUCUCCUCCCGUCGAUCAAGAACUCGCUCCUCUCGACUAAUCCUAUGCUCGGUGCUCCCACGGCCGCCUUUGGCUCGAAUCCUAACCUCAACACUAAUCAGCAAAGGAAUGAGGUCGUAACCCCCGAAAUGAACAAGGGUUCCGAGUACGAGGAGCUGAUCAAGAGCUUGAGCGCUUCUGGCGAGGACAGCGAUGAGCUGAUGCUCAAAUGCUUGGAUGCCGGCAGGGCUGGCGGGGCUGAUGAGCGGAUUCCGAUCGACGAUCACGAUUUGAAAGAGAGCGACGAUGGCGGUGCCGCGGACGGGGAGAACCUUCCGCCGGGCUCCUACGAAGUGCUUCAGCUCGAGAAGGAAGAGAUCUUGGCGCCCCACACUCACUUUUGCUCGAUCUGCGGCAAGGGGUUCAAGCGAGACGCGAACUUGAGAAUGCAUAUGAGGGGCCACGGGGAUGAGUACAAGACCCCCGCGGCCCUCGCCAAGCCUGCGAGGGGCCCCGCCUCGGAACCCGCGCUCGUCCGGCGGUACUCGUGCCCCUUCGCCGGGUGCAAGCGGAACAAGGAGCACAAGAAGUUCCAACCGUUAAAGACGAUCCUGUGCGUGAAGAACCACUACAAGAGGAGCCAUUGCGACAAGAGCUACAUUUGCAGCCGAUGCAACACGAAGAAGUUCUCGGUCAUCGCGGAUCUCAAGACCCACGAGAAGCACUGCGGGCGUGACAAGUGGCUGUGCUCGUGCGGGACGACGUUUUCGAGAAAGGAUAAGCUGUUCGGACACGUCGCGCUGUUUCAAGGCCACACUCCCGCCCUCCCCGUUGACCUCCCCAUUGACGAUGUCAAAACGCCCAAUAAUAAUAAUAGUAAUAACACACCCGAGCUAUCGCGUGGCGGUGAAGCGGUGAACGGUUUGGGUGGAAAUAUGAGCUCCUACGGCUUCCCUUCGAGCACGUCGGACGAUAUCAAUAGCAUUGAUAUUAAAGGAGUUGACGAUAGCCGCGGGUACUUUUCGCCGAUGAACUUCGAUUCGUGUAACUUUGGCGUGCUCGACGAUUUUCCUCGGCCGGCAUUUGACGUCGCAGAAAACCCUUUCUCCUUUCUGCCGUCGGGCUCGUGCAGUUUUACUCAACGAAAUGGAGAAAGCUAGUGAUGAUGAUGAAAAGUCGCAAUGCGCGCAGCGCCGCAUUCAUGUUUUGGGAGUAUGUUAUGUGAUUUUCGUUCAUGUUUAAUCGAUACUCUUUCUUUGGUCGUGUAUUUUUGUUAUCGUAGCUCAAUAAUAUCCUCUACUUAUUUAUCUUAUGAUAUGUUUCAGUUUUUUUUUUUUUUUUUUUGGUGGAUUAUGUAUGCUUGUGGGGAACAAAACUAUGAUAUAAAUUCUCUUCAUGAGGAUUCCACAGCUA